CAGUCACACACACACUUCUACACGCCGCAAGAAAGUCUGUGCCUUUAAAGUUAACCCAAACCCAAUCCCCAAUCACCAUAGCUUGCGCCUCCAAGCAAAAGCAAAGAAACAAUUACAAUCCAAAGAAAACCAAAGAUUCCCAAUAACAGCAACCAAUCUACACAGCUAAGAUACCUAACCUUCUGUUUCUUCUUUUUAAUCACCCUCUCGAAAUUUCGCAAGAUCUGCAAAUUCUUGGGCAAAUCUUGGAGAUUAAAUAUGGGCAGUUUAUCGGCAUCAUCGGCAGUGAUUCAAGGGAAGCAAAAGCCUGAGAUCUGUUUCUGCAGAACAAGAGAGUCUGCCGGAAUCAAGAACAAGACCCAAUCCACAGUUCCUGUGGCAAGGCUAUUUGGGCCAGCCAUAUUUGAAGCAUCAAAGCUAAAGGUUCUGUAUUUGGGUGUUGAUAAGGAGAAGCACCCAGAAAAGAUUCCAAGAACAUACACACUAACACACAGUGACAUAACUUCCAAGCUCACCCUUGCCAUCUCCCAAACCAUAAACAAUUCCCAGUUGCAAGGGUGGUAUAACAGGUUGCAGAGAGAUGAGGUGGUUGCAGAGUGGAAGAAGGUGAAGGGGAAAAUGUCACUCCAUGUCCAUUGCCACAUAAGUGGAGGCCAUUUCUUGCUUGAUCUUUGUGCUAGGCUUAGGUACUUCAUCUUCUCCAAAGAACUCCCUGUGGUUUUGAAGGCUUUUGUCCAUGGAGAUGAGAGCUUGUUGAAGAAUCACCCGGAACUACAGGAAGCUUCGGUCUGGGUAUACUUCCACUCCAACCUGCCGGAAUUCAACAAGGUGGAGUGCUGGGGCCCGCUAAAGGAGGCUGCCGCCCCUCCGCAUCGGCGGCCUUUCAAUGCCGCUGCCUCCGGCGACGUGCCGAAGCCGUGCCCGGAAGUUUGCGAUUGCUGCUUCCCGGUGACGAGUUCGAUUCCGUUGUCGAAUCCCACUGCGGGCCCGCCCCCGCAGUUAGAGGGCUUUCCAGAUUCUUCUACGUAGCACCUAUAUAUUUAGAUGAUGAUUAUCUUGAAGCUGUGGACGAAAAAGUGGUGGGGGA